AUGGAUACAUUGCCUCAAUUACCGCGGUCUUCGUCGUCAUACUUCUGGGGGCAGGACGCACAUGUUGACGUUAGUGUUUACGAUGGGCGGUCCAGCAUUAGUGAAUCACAAACUCUACCUCGAGGGUUUGAUUAUUCUCCGUCAACGAACAUGGCGUACGGUCAUGCAGGUUCGCAGGAGUAUUUCGCUGGACCGCCCCUGAUCGACACCAGGGCUUGGGAAACCUUGUUUUACCAUCCUUCAGAAAACUUUUCGCGCAGCUCGCCGUCAGCACCCAAUCAUUGGCAGUACAGCUAUUCUUCACCCGCAGGCCGUGAAUAUCCCACAUCCGACAACUACAUGGAUGAAUCUACUCAAAGCGAGUGGACGACAACGCCAGUUGACGCUCAUCCGCCGUACACGCCGCUCGCCCCAAGCCCCCCAUUUCCUUCAGUACCCUCAGAAUCACACGUGUCUCCCUCUGUUGACGAUCGAGAGCUGCAUCAUGAACACAUUGUGUCCGACGUGGAAGUAUUUUACUGUCCGCUGCCAUCAAGUGAUGGAACGUAUUGCAAUGCACCGAUCCCGUGCAACGAAGCCCGCAUCACCGCACACUUGCGCAGCAUCCACGCGCUCCAUGCGAAGCGUUUUGAAGUCAUUAGUUGUCUGUGGCCUGGAUGCAAGUGUAGCAUGCAAGCAGCGAGCAUUCCUCGUCACAUCAUCACGCUUCACGUCAAGACACGUUUCCAAUGCUCGUACUGCGGCAAAAGCCUCACGAGAAAAGAUGGCAAGUUGAAGCACGAGAAAAUCUGUCAUGAAAAACCGUGA